AUGUCAUUACCAGCUUCAUUUGACUUAACUCCAGAAGAUGCUAAAUUAUUAUUAGCUGCCAACGUUCAUUUGGGUUCAAAAAACGUUCAAGUUCACAACAAACCAUAUGUUUAUAAAACCAGACCAGAUGGUGUUAAUAUCAUCAACAUUGGUAAAACUUGGGAAAAAAUUGUUUUAGCUGCUAGAAUCAUUGCUGCUAUUCCAAAUGCUUCAGAUGUUGCUGUCUGUUCAUCAAGAACUUUCGGUCAAAGAGCUGUUUUAAAAUUCGCUGCUCAUACCGGUGCUACUCCAAUUGCAGGUAGAUUUACUCCAGGUAACUUUACAAAUUAUAUCACUCGUUCAUUUAAAGAACCAAGAUUAGUUAUUGUUACUGACCCAAGAACCGAUUCACAAGCCAUCAAAGAAUCAUCAUAUGUAAAUAUCCCAGUUAUUGCUUUGACUGAUAUGGAUUCACCAUCAGAAUAUGUUGAUGUUGCUAUUCCAUGUAAUAACAAAGGUAAACAUUCAAUUGGUUUAAUCUGGUGGUUAUUAGCAAGAGAAGUUUUAAGAUUAAGAGGAAUUAUUACUGAUAGAACUUCAGAUUGGUCAGUUAUGCCAGAUUUAUAUUUCUACAGAGAUCCAGAAGAAAUUGAACAAAAUGCUACUGAAGAUGGUAAAACUGAAGAAGUUGAAGAAACUCAAGCAACUGAAGGUGAAACUGAAUGGACUGGUGAAACUGAAGAAGUUGAUUGGGCUGAAUCAGGAGCUACCCCAGCUGCUGAAGAUGCUGCUGCUUCAAACUGGUAA